AUGGCAGAAACACAAACAACAACCACGUCCGCUGUUGUACAGCCGGAAAAGACCGAACCUGAAGCCCCCGCAGUUAUCCCUGUCGACGUGGACAAGAUAUACACGAAAGAGGAACUGUCAAUACAUAACAAGGAUGGCGAUCUUUGGAUUGCUAUCGAUGGGACCGUCUAUGAUUUGACCAAGUUUUCGGAGGAGCAUCCUGGUGGCAAGAAGAUUUUACUCGGAGUUUCGGGCACAGACGCAAGCAAGAAGUACCGCAAGUAUCACGGCGAUAAUAUACUGCAGCGAUAUGCGAAGGACUAUAAGAUCGGGACGAUAAACAUAGAAGCCCAGGAGUCGAAAGGCCUGUUUUCCCGUUUUAGAAAGAAGAAAUAA